AGACCGUGCCAUGGCAGCGACAAUUUCGGGCACGUCGAUGUUGGUGGUGUCAUUCGAAUGGACAUUGGAAAAUGUAGAAGAAACCAAAACAGUUUUAUCCAAGAUGAUUCUCUUUAGUGGAGAGAAAAUAUUCCGUGUCUGUUUGAAGAAAAUAACAUAUGGGUAUCCUACUUUGUUAUUCUUGGCCACCAAUCUCAAUAGAAUGGGAAUGAGGGUGAAAGAAAUUCGAUAUAGUAAACAAGAUACACGGUGCUAUUUAAAGAUGGAAGAAAAAGAAAUUAAGAAAGAGAAAAAGGGCGCAUCAAGCUUACAGCUAUUCACUGCCGAUCUCCAUGAAAGGGUUUCGGGCAAUUGUAUGUUUACUUUUUCAAUCUGGAUUGAAGGAAGUGUCACUGGAUAUUCUUACCACAUCUCCGAUCGUCUUAUGACACAACAGUUAUGGAAUGCCUCCGCCAAACAGGAGCAUGGGAUAGACGUCGAGUUGGUAUGUAAAGAGAAAACAUUUUCCGCCCACAAAGCCAUUCUUGCUGCUCGCAGUCCAAUCUUUGCAGCUGAAUUUGCCAAAGAUCAUCCAGCAAAACACGAGUCGGGUCCUCAUCAAAUCCAUGUGGAAGAUGUCGAACCAUCAGCCUUGGAAGAAUUCCUCUACUUUGUCUACACUGGCCAACCGAAAACGGCGUUAGCUAAUGCUCAGCUUCUCAAAUUAGCCAGUCGUUAUCAACUAAAAACUCUCGAAAAUCUGUGUCGGGCUGCGUUAACCAAAAUCGAUGUCCAACAAGCCAUGGCGUGCAUGUCUAGUUUAAACCCAGCAGCUACUAGCAUGCACCUGGAAGUCAAGCCCUCAUCAUCUGUCCUGAUCAGACCAAACACGGAGAUUGUGAUAGACCACGAUCAGAGUAUGUCUACAUUUCAAUGCUGUUGGGAACCGAAGAUCGAUUCUAGAGUUUUCUUUCCCAACACUGUUAUUGAAUAUCAACACGAGAAGUUGUUUUCCCCACAUCUCACCGGGAAUAUGAUGCAAGUAUCCGUCGUAAAGAACCCGUGGAUCCAUCUAGUCUGUGUAAAUCAUCGCAGCUUUGGUUUCAAAGCUCUAAGUGGACUUUAUUCGACGGAUGGGAAAACUUGGAUCGGAAUGAAAACGAGAAAAGCAAAAGGCGUCGAGUUAUUUCUAUUCGUGGGGCAAACGAAUGAAACGUUUCGUAACGGAUGUCGUGUAACAUUUUGUAUGGAAAUGUCCAGCACUAUUGAAAACUACCAUUACGAACUGAUGGACACGUCUUGGACAACCCAACUUUGGCAGUCCGCGUUAGAGCAUAAAUGGACGGAUGUGGAAAUAUUCGUCGGUGCUGUUAAACUCGAAGCUCACAGAGUUGUUCUUUCUGCACGUAGUCCAGUCUUGAAUCUCCUGUUGGGUGAAAUCGAUCACCUGGGCCGAUCGUCAAUGGCUGUAGAAGAAAAUAUUGAUGUUGAAGUAGUUAAAGUGUUUUUGAAGUUCCUGUAUACUGGUCGUUUGGACAUGUCAGCCACAAACAAACAGCUUCUUCAAUUGGCUGAAUCGUACGAAGUUGAAACGUUGUUAAAAAUCUGCCAACUGGCCAAUCGUAUUUCUCCGGAUGUCACUUCCAAAUUAGAUGCUCUUCCCUGUAAAGUCGACAUUACAGACAAACCUGCCAUUUCUUUUCAAAUGGAUCUGGAAGUCGUGAAUCUGUUUCUGAAAUUUCUUCAUACGGGUUCGCUAGAUUCAUCCGUCAGCCAAACUCAGUUAGCUGCGUUGGCCACGAUAUACGAAACGAAAACGUUGAGCAAAGUUAGCAGAUUGGUGAGCGAAAUUUCUCCAGACGUCGACAAACUGACGACCUUCAUGCUCACAUUUUUCUAAAAGAGUUUUCCUUUGUCAAGUUCCUUUUUUCAUUUGUUACUAAUGAAACGUAAACACUUCAUCGA